AUGGGCGACCUCAACCUACCGAUGGACCUGUACCGCGAUGCGGAAAAUCCACACCACAGCCUCACUGUUGGGCGUGUCGAUUGCCUUGAGUGGCUUUCUGCCCUUCGGGUCAUCGACGCAUGGCGCAUGCACCACUCCGACGAUAGGACCUAUUCAGGACCACACAGCACCACUCGACUGGACUACAUUCUGGUCGAUGCGCACCUGGUACACGACUGCUAUGUAUCCAGUGAGUACCAGCGGCCUGGCGCGCACGUUGCUGGCGACCACGUGAUCCAUUCGGUUGUGCAAGAUAACGUCAAUCAAACGAUGGGAAAAGGAUAUUGGAAACUCCCCAAAGAGUUGCUUCAGUACCCGCAGAUUCGAGAGGCCAUCGCAGCAGAGGCAUCGCGUCUCCUAGAAACUAUUCGUGCCGCGAAUUACCCAGGUGUUGUAUGA